UCGGAAACGUUUAACUGUCAAAUGAAAUAUAAUUUUUUUUUUCUUUUGCAUAUUCUUUCUGUUGUUCAUAAACAAUUACAUUAUUUGCAACAAAAAAUGUCAAUAUUAAAACAAAUAUUUCGAUAUUUUGUAUCAUCAUUAAUUUGUCUAUAUCUAAUAUGGUAUAUUUGGAAUCCAAUUUGGUUCAAUCAUUUUUGCGUUUUAUGUAUUCUAUCGAUCAUAGCAUGGACAUUGGCAUAUUAUUUUUUCGAAAUGUUUAAUCAAGAAACAAUUGAUCCAUCGGGUAAAAUUGUAUUGAUUACUGGUUGUGAUACUGGAUUCGGUAAUCGUACAGCAUAUCGAUUAGAUCAAUUAGGUUAUCAUGUUUAUGCGGGUGUUUUAUUUCCGGAUGGUGAUGGUGCUAAAAAACUUCAAUCAAAAUGUUCGAAUCGUUUGAAAAUAUUACGAAUGGAUGUAACAAAACCGGAUGAAGUAAAAAAUGUUGUCGAACAGAUUAAACAAUCAGGUAUGCCAUUAUGGGCAAUAGUCAAUAAUGCUGGUAUUGGUUAUUCUGCACCAUUUGAUUGGGGUAAUGAUGUUGAUGUUUAUCAAAAAAUAUUCGAUGUCAACGUUUUCGGUGUGGUACGUGUAACAAAAUAUUGUAUGCCAUUAUUACGUAAAUCGAAUGGUCGAAUCAUCAAUGUAGCUAGUCUAGCUGGUCGUGUACAAGUCGCAAACAUAUCACAUUAUUGUAUGGCAAAACAUAGUGUACGUGUAUAUUCUGAUUGUUUACGUCGUGAAUUAGUCGGUACCAAUAUUAAAGUAAUUACAAUGGAACCAUCAUUUUAUCGUACAGAAAUUGUUAAUUAUGAAAUGAUUGAUCGAAAACGACGUGAAAUUUUUAAUGAAACACCUGAAGAUAUACGUGAAGCAUAUGGUGAAAAUCAUCUUGAAUAUUUAAAAUCAGUAACUAAACAAAUAGAAAGAAUGACAAAAGAUCGAAUCGAUGAUGUAGUCGAUUCAAUUAUUGCCGGUAUUGUUCUUGAACAUCCAAAACCAUAUUAUCGUUGUUGUUCAUAUCAUGAAUUGUUUACAUUAUGGGGUACAAGUCAUUUACCAGAAAUUCUUGUCGAUAUGCUUUUGAAUAGAAAUACACGUCGAUUAUUACGUCAAGCAAAAUCAGGACCAUAUCAGGAUAAAAAAUUAGAUUAAAUUCAAUCAAAUUAUGUUUUACUUUUGUUUUGCUUAUUUUUUUCCAAUGAAGAUAAAAUCAACAAAUAUAUUGUA